GAGCAAUAGCCUGUGUAUGAUGCAUCACGAGCCUAGUUUCCCGUUUGAGUCCGCCUACCCCACUCUCUUUAAGGAACUGAAUGCUUCGCGUCUUGAAAGAAAUGAACAGAUCUAAAUGAACAUAUAUUGUAAUUUUAGAGACUUGACCGGAACUAAUUUCUUUGCAAGUAGUUAAGUUAUGGCGUUACCCUGAGAACAACCUUACAGUAUGGAAGCUGCAGUCUUGAGAGGCAAAUGCAAGAAAAAGCUACCGGUCUACAUUCUGCUUUUGCUGUGCGUGCUGGCCCCCGCCUUGUCUGCACCAGCAACGUCCAACCUGGAUGAAUGCCUGAUUGGGGAAUAUAUCAGCGAAGAUGGAGUCUGCUGUGGAAAAUGCCAUCCAGGGUUCAGAUUGGUGAAGGACUGUCCUGAGAGGGACAAGACGACCUCAUGCAAGCAGUGUAGAAAUGGUACCUUCAUGGACAAGAGCAAUACUGCUCGCAACUGCAUACGCUGCAGAGACUGCAGAGCUUCAAAUUUUGAGGAAGAGGCGUCACCAUGCAGUAUAUACAAGAACAGGGAGUGUCGCUGUGUCAACGGUUACUACAGAAACCACAUCGACUCCCUGACACACGAAUGCCUGGAGUGUAAGAACUGUAGGUCCCCCAGGUGUCAAUUCCUUUGUGGCCCAGAUUCUCCUCCCGAAGAACUGGAAACCCUAAAACCUCCGGAGAAUGUUGAUGUUGUGCUGCCCGUAGUGGUUGCGUGCUUCGUCGCCCUGCUUGGGGUCAUAAGUCUCGUAACCUACCUAGCAACCAAAAAGAGUGUGAAAAGGAAAAUUAGAUUAAGGAUCGAUGGUUCCGCCUCUUUCUCAGAGCCUACAUCUCAGGAAUCUCAGAAAUCCACAAAAAAAUUGAUCACCGACUCUGAAUGUCCAGAGAAGCAGAACCUGGCUGUACCAACCCAGUGUGAGUCAGACCUACCUGACUGUGUUCCCAAGGAGAUCAAGAUUCAGAAGGUGAUCUACUCAGUGCUGGACCUGGUGUCUGUGCGACAUGUGAAACAGCUGGUGCGAUCUCUGGGUGUGAGCGAGAGGGACAUCGAGAGGGCCGAGGUGGAUUACCGCUCGGUCCAGGAGGCCAACUACCAGAUGUUAAAGCUGUGGGCCGAGGGCGGGGCCAGGGGCGGGGCCAGGGGAGGGGCGGGGCCAGGGGUUCUGCCACGCGCUUUACUGCAGGACCUGCUGGAAAAUCUGAGGGGGAUGGACCUGGGCGGGGUGGCUGAGGAGCUGGAGGAAAAGUUCAGGGUUCAGUAGACACACACAAACAUUCACACACACACACACAUUCACACGCACGCUCACACACACACACAAGCAUACAUGUACAUACUACUGUGCACAGAAACACACAUAUACACACACACUAACAUGGUGCUCGAACUGGGAACGUAAAUCAAACCCUUUCACCCUUCACCUUAAUACAGAUGUGGGAUGUGAAGUGCUUCUGUAGUUGUAGUAAUAUUCAGUUGCACUCAGUUAAUUCAGAGAAAGGUUUUUAUGAGAGCGUUAUUGAUGAGGGGCUUCGGAUUAAGCUAGAGGAUGCGUAUCAUGAUGUCAUAAUGUCUAUGCCAAAACGUUCUAACAUCUGUAUUGUCAUUGCUUUACCCUUUGUCUUACCCAUUGAACCAAGUUCCAGUAAUGUUUUGUGGUUAGACUUGAUGGAUAGGCUUGUCUUAGCUUCAAUUCUUAAUUGUUUUGUUGGGAUGAGGGCAUUGUGAUGGAAUCUAGGGUGAUUUUCAUCUUGGUGUGUAAUUGUGUCUUGUAAAUCACACUAACACAUACUUGUAAUGCACAUUUUAUGCUACCACAGCUUGCUGUCAAAGUUAUGUUUGUUUAUUUCUGCUCAGUAUCUUAUUCAGCCUUCAUAGGACCAUAUAGUAUCUUGUCAUUUUUAUAUUUUAUUUUAUAUUCUGUUCAGUAGUAUAUAUCCUGCUGUUAGUGCUCUGUGAUUGAUCAAAUUGUUUACACUUAAUCACAUUCCAAUAUCCAUAUGUAGAUAGGUAGGUGGCUCAAAGCUGUCGGCAAUGGUUUUUAUGAAUUAAUUUCCUAUGUGCCAGUGGAUAGGAAUAAACAUCACAACUAUAAAUAA